CCUAAGAUAUCCAUAUUAAUUUAUAUAAACACCUAAAUUCUCGUUUCAUGUUUAACAAUGGAAACGCGCACACCCGACCCGCGAUAUUUCUUCAUAACACGGCCCUGUUUAAUUUGUAAAUGCUUGAAGACUGAUUAAAAACUCUUUUGAAAAAUUUACGACGACAGAAGAAAGGGGACGUCCUCGGCACCGUCGCGGAUCCGGCAGCAAAUUAAGAAAAUAAAUUAUAAAUUCCGAAUCCUCAAUAUCGGCACGAGUGUCCGUGUUUUUGACGAGUGAGAAAUGGUUGACGACUAAAUAAGGAAUAAAAAUUACGCCGAGAAUUGUUCGGGUGAAUUGAGUGAUUCGAAAAUAAGACGCGUCGUAGAUCGGAGACACGAUAAUAGGGUUACCAUAAUUUUACAUGCUGCCUAUAAAACAACACUGUAAUAGUACUAUGAAAUUUAAAUCCAACGUAAAGCAAUAUAUAGUUUCAGAAACAGAAGCAGAGAUGACGAAUUCUGAAGUUGAUUACAUAGUGAAAUCUAUUGGAGCGUUUGGUAUUUGGCAAGCAAUAAUAUGCACUAUAUGUAUGUCCGCUAGAGCUAUAUUAAUGUGGAAUAUAACAUCGAUACUGUUCUUAACAUCUACCACAGAGUUUAGGUGUCUUAAAUUUGAAGACGAUGAACCAAACGUGAUAGAGAAUUCGACGUGUUACGACAAUUGUUUACAAUACGAGUACUGCAAUGAUGCGUUCAGAUUAAAUCUAAUAGCUGAGUUUGAUUUGAUUUGUGAAAAGGCUUGGCUUGCAAGUUUUGUGCAGACAGUACUAAUGUUUGGUGUACUAAUUGGGGUAGCACUCACUGGAUGGAUUUCCGACAGAUUCGGACGUCAGAUUGCCAUUAUAUUGAGUGGAGUAAUUUCUGUUGUAUUUACAAUAGCGUCUUCGUUUGCCUUGGACUUUUGGAGUUUUACCAGUUUAAGGUUUAUUGUAGGAUUGGGAUGUGGAGGAUUAAUGGCCACCACCAUAGUUGUGAUAAUGGAAGCAGUAGGCGCAGAACAUAAAGAGUUUGCUGGAGGUGUGAGCGUCUUAGGAGAUGGCGUGUCACAAUCCAUUUUGGCCCUCUGUGCAUAUUAUUCUCCAACUUGGAACAUUUAUAUACUCUCGUACGGUAUAUUGUCAUUGUUUAUAUUGAUACCGAUAAUGUUUAUACCAGAAACACCAAGAUGGCUGGUGGCAAAUAGGAAAAUUGACAAAGCUAUCAAUUUGAUGACAUCAAUCGCGAAUUUAAAUAAAUUGAAUACUGACACUUUAGAAGAUAAUGUUAUUAAAUGUAUAAAAAAUAUAGAAGAAAAACAAAAAGAGCCCCCUAAAACAAAUUUUCUGGAUUUGUUCAGAACAAAGGAAAUUGCUUUUACUACUGUUCAUUCUGUCAUCAUUUGGACAAUAGCUGGUGUGUCUUACUUUGGUAUCAACCAAUAUGUAACAGUUCUAAGUCCCAAUAAUAUAUACUUGGUAGUUAUUAUCAGCGGCUUGAUACAGAUACCGGCAACACUUACAGGCAUGGUGUUUAACAAGUGGUUCGGAAGAAAGAAAUCGUCUAUAGUCUCCUUCAUUUCGAUUGGUGUUUCCAUGAGUAUACUCAUCUUUUUACCAGAUGAUCACUGGGCUAGCACGGUAUUUGCCUUAGUUGGAUUGAUUGCCGCUUGUAUAUUAUUUACAGUUAUCUAUGUUCAAGCUAAUGAAUUGUUUCCUACGCCAUUAAGAAAUAUGGGUUUUGGCGCAAGUUCUGCUGGUGCUAAAAUUGGUGCAAUGUUAGCACCAUUCAUUGUUAACUUCCAUCCACAUUGGAUAGCAUCUAUGAUAUUUGCUAUUUUACCAUUUGUAGCCGCUGGCUUUUGUUUAGGAUUGAUUGAAACGAAAGGAGUGAAGUUAAAAGACACAAUUGAUUAGGAUUCUUAAAAGUUACAAACUAUUAUGUAAAUGUCGAUGUAGAUAUAAUUGUUUUAUGUUUAUAUUUUAACAAGUGAUUGUUAUUAUUAAUAAUUUCGAAAAUUUAAACUACUUUUUGUUUGACUUCAUAUCUACUGAUGAGGUUUCCUUAAAUGUUAUUAUAUAAUUUAUUUAAGUUAUCUGUUAUCCAUUUUGUACUUUAUUGUUACUGACAGUGUUGCAUGGCUGUAACAGAGUGGGGGGGAGGGGGCAUUGAGGGGCAAUGCCCUACCUUAAAAUGAAAGGCCCCAAAAAAUUAGACAGAUUCGUUUUCUCGAAAUCACUUAAUUAUGGUUUCUGCCCUAACAAAUUUUUUUUUCCCUACUUUAAACUUGGGUCUAGUUACGGCCCUGCACAGUUGACUUAGAAGAAUGAAUGAAGACUGUCUUUAAGUCUUUUGGAAAUUUUUUAUUGGGUCCAAUUUUUUUUCUUUUGACGUCAUUAUUACUAUCUGUUGAUAUAGAAUUGUAGAAAAGAUAAUUAUGUUAAAGUUUUAUUUCGGAAGAACUAAAGGCCUUGCAGUUCUGCUUGCGAGAUACGGAACCCUGACAGCGUAACAUCGCAACGGGAGCUUAAAAACUAACCACGAGCGGCAUCGAUUGUCCAGUUGAUUCGAUGAUCGGCUCCUUUGACUCGUGUAUUACGAAUUGAUUGCACGGAGGGUGAACAGGAAAGCGGCGUGUUUGUGCGACGAUGACGGUGCUGGCAACGUGUUUAAGCAAUUGCUUUAAAUUAGAACUGGUGAUGUUUUUGUUGUUAACUUCUUAUUGUGACAACCAACUGAUGGAUUUGGAGAGUUUUCGAUUAAGGCCUUUAAACAUGGUAACGGGUUGUGGUCUCAUGGGAAAAUAAUAAAAAAAAAGUGUUUAUUAGCCAAACAAUAUGUUUAGUUUGAUUAGUUAUCACAGAACAGCAAUAAACUUUUUGUAUGUCAAUAAAAUAUUAAUAUGCAAUUUGAUAUGUCAAAAAAGCUGACAGUCGACCUGAUGGAAAAUGGCAACCGUUGUCUAAAGACGUAAACUGUAUCAUGGACAUUACCAUUUAUAAAAUGAUUUUAUUUUGUAUACAUUCAGUUUAAUGUAGGGGUUCCCAAACUUAUUUUGUCUACUGCCCACUUUGAGAAUAAAUUAUUUUUUAGCGCAAGGAUGGGAUAUGGCGUGAAUUUACAGAGUACAGAGGAAUAACACCUGAGUCCUCAGGAACAGCAACGCAUAGGGGGUAUCAUGGGCGAAACAGUAUACUCUGUUACGUCCAUGGUACUGCUCAUGUCUAUAGGCGAUGGUUACUACUUUUCAUCAGAUGGGCUGUCAGCUCGGUUGCCAUUUUAAGUAGCAUUAAAAAAUAUUUUUUUAUUAUAUGUGACAAAUAAAAAAAAUCUUUAAAAAUAAAAAUAAAAAAAAUAUAUAUAUAUCUAGUGUGUAAUUUUAAAAAUGAUCGCUGAAGAUUGCGACUAUAGUGAAGUGGGCGUUCAAUCGCUUUAUCUACAUGAUUAUAGUAUCGGUACCACCGCAAUUGGUAUCUAGAACCCAUUGUUUCAGAGCCUUGCUCGUGAUUUGUUGGAUACUAAUGCUAGGGGUUACGGUUCGGACAUAAUGGUUGUGUUUACUUGGCUAUUGUGAAAUUGGAAUGAGCGGUUAUGGGGCAUACCGAUGCUUUGCAAUGUGUUUGUUUCAUUAAAAUAAGUUAUGUGUGUAGUCGUGACUUGAUUAUACAUAUAAUUUAUACACCCAACUUACUUUACACCUGGUUCUUUAGGGGUAUCAUGGGCGAAACAGUAUGCUCUGUUAUGUCCAUGGUACUGAUCAAGUCUAUAGGUGAUGGUUACCACUUUCCAUCAGGUGGGUUGUCAGCUUGUUUGCUAUUCUAAGUUGUAUAAAAAACGCAAUGACAGUAAAAUAAAGUUAAAAAUUUGUUUUGUUACGUUAUAUAUCACUUUUAUUGCUCUAAUAAAAAAAUUGUUUCUUAUUUUGAAAGUAGCUUAAAAAU